GUUGUUUUAAAUAACGUGUGUUUAUGUUAUUUGGUUUAGAGUUCUAAUUAUUAACUACAAUGCCUUCGUUUAAAAAAUUGAAUACCAAAAUAUACAAAAAAUCCGGGCCAUUGAUAACAGACGAUUUUCUAUACUGGAAAAAAUUAGGGGUUCCAGUAUUAGUAAAAGAAUUUGGGCCCAUAGAUAAUAUAAGCUUUUCACCAAUAGAACCUCACUAUUUUGCUGUAACAUGUUCUGUACGAGUGCAAGUUUACAAUCCCAUUACGAAGUUGGUAGUUAAAAAUUUAUCGAGGUUCCGAGCGAAUGCCUAUGGAGCAACUUUUCGAUCCGAUGGUAAACUUAUACUAUCAGGAGGUGAAGAAAUGAACGUCAAGCUAUUCGAUGUCCAAUCUAAAAGCUUAUUGAGGUUGUUCAAGGGACACACCGCUCCAGUACACAGGGUAAAUUUUCUUCACGGUAGACCGCAAAUAUCCACCUUCUCGGAUGAUAAAACUGUAAAAAUCUGGGAUAUUCCCACUGAGAAAACUUUAAUAACUUACGAUGGACAUUCAGAUUAUAUUAGAGCAGGAGCCACUUGCGAAGCGCUUCCUGAUAUCGUGUUAUCAGGAGGAUACGACAACAAAAUAAAAAUGCUCGAUAUAAGAACAGAGAAUGAAGGUAUCACAGUCGAUCACGGAAGUCCUGUUGAAUCUUUGCUGUUUUUACCAGCCGGAGGGAUAUUUCUAUCUGCAGGUGGCACUGAAAUUAAAAUUUGGGACAGUAUAGCAGGAGGGAGGCUGUUGGGAAGUAUUUCACAACAUCACAAGACUAUAACUUGCAUGUCAUUGGCUUCGGAUAAUAAGAGACUGCUCUCUGGAAGUUUAGAUAGACAUGUCAAAAUUUACGAUAUAUCUACAUUUAAAACAGUGCAUACCAUAGAUUAUCCGAAUGCAAUAUUAAGCAUGGGAAUAUCUAAAAAUGACGAUACUCUUGUUGUUGGAUUGGUAGAUGGAUUAGUAUCAAUCAGCAGAAGAGAAGAAGAAAAAGAAACGAAACCGAACAAAAAAGCACCAUCUUAUCAAUAUAUUAGCGGAAUACACAAGCCGAGUGUUGAUACAGUUGUUAACGAAGUAAAACAUGAAAAGGAAAGGAAAUUCGAUCAUCAUUUAAGGAAGUUUGAAUUUUCUAAAGCCCUAAACAGUGUACUCGUGCCGUACGUUGCUAAUAAGAAUCCCCAAAUUACAGUUUCCUUAAUGCAGGAAUUAAUGCGAAGGAAGGCUUUGGAGAAAGCCUACCAGGGAAGAGACAAGAAAACGCUAAUGCAGAUUUUGAAAUUUUUUAUCAAAAAUAUUACCGACUAUCGAUUUACGAGGAUUAUAAUCGAUGCUGCAAACGUAUUUUUAAAUACAUACGAAGAUUCAAUUAACGUGCUACCACCUGAAGUCGCCAAGUUAUGCAUGGAGCUCUCCCAAGUCUUGAAACAAGAGGCCCAAUUAUUGAACAACUUAGCAGCCGUUCAAGGUAUGAUGAGCAUGUUACUAGCUAGUCAAGUUAGUAAUGCUGAAGACACUAUUACUAGUGAGAGAGGCCACAAUCUUGUACCUAGUAAAGAUGCUCAAAAGAAUUUUGUUUUAACUGUAUCAUGAUAAAUUAUAUAUGUAAAUAAAAUUUUGUAUUGUA